UGGUCGCGCGCCAUGAAAUCCUCGGCCCAGCGCACAAGAUCAUUAAUCGUGGCGCCGUUAUUGGUGAAACCCCUUCCCCGCAUUAAUCAGACGCUCUCUGCCCAUUCUCUUUGGUCCUUUUUCUUUCUCUUCGUGCGGUGUCCCCUUACUUAUUCCCACUCUUUUCUCCCCCACACGCUUUCUGUCUUCCUCUCCAUUCCUUCCCCAUUCCGAUUAUCAUCAUGGCCAAGUCGUUCUCGCGCGCCGAGGUUGCAAAGCACAACACCGAAGACUCUGUCUGGUGUAUCAUCGACCACCGUGUCUAUGAUCUGACCGACUUCCUCGACGCCCACCCGGGCGGCAGCGUCGUCCUCAACCAGGUCGCCGGCCAGGACGCAACCGACGCCUUUUACAACCUGCACCGUCAAGAGGUCCUCGACAAGUACAGCAGCCAACUAUGCAUCGGCACCGUCACCGGCGAAACCCCCGAAAUUGUUUCCCCCGAGCCCGGGUCCCUGAGCGCCGUUCCCUACGCCGAGCCCCUCUGGCUGCGUCCGCAGUUCAAGAACCCCUACUACAAUGACAGCCACCGUAGCCUGCAGCGAGCCAUGCGCGAGUUCACCGACCGCUAUAUCACCCCCGAGGCUCAGGAGAAGGAGCGCGACGGCACCUAUAUCAGCCAGGGCUUGAUCGACCGCAUGGCGGAGACGAACGUCCUGGCCAUGCGUCUAGGACCGGGGCCUCAUCUGCACGGCCGGACGAUCCUCGGUGGCGCCGUCGACGGGAAGGAGUUUGACUACUUCCAUGAUAUGAUCGUGACGCAGGAGUUGGUGCGGUGUAACGCCCGUGGUUUCAUGGAUGGUAACAUGGCCGGUAUGGCCAUUAGCUUGACGGCCGUGCGCCAGUGGCUCAACAAUGUCCCUCUUCGUGAGCGGGUCACUGAGGAGGUCCUGUCGGGCAAGAAGAAGAUGUGUCUGGCCGUCACCGAGGCCUUUGCCGGUAGUGACGUGGCGGGCCUGCGCACGACAGCGACCAAGACCCCCGAUGGAAAGCACUACAUCAUCAACGGCACCAAGAAGUGGAUCACCAACGCCAUGUUUGCCGACUACUUCGUGGUCGCCUGCCGCACCGAAAAGGGCUUCUCGGUCAUCCUGGUGCCCCGGGACGACUGCGUUGAAACUAAGCAGAUCAAGACGUCCUACUCGACCGCCGCCGGCACGGCGUUCGUGCAGUUUGAGAACGCCAAGGUCCCCGUCGACCACCUGUUGGGCGAGGAGCACAAGGGCUUCAUCGUCGUCAUGAGCAACUUCAACCACGAGCGUUUCAUGAUGGCCUGCGGUGUCAUCCGCAUGUCCACGACCAUCGUCGAGGAGUGCCUCAAGUGGUGCAACCAGCGCCUGGUCUUCGGGAAGAAGCUUAUUGAGCAGCCCGUGAUGCGACAGAAGAUUGCCCGCAUGAUUUCUCUCUGCGAGGCGAACCAGUCCUGGCUGGAGUCCAUCGCCUACCAGAUGUGCAACAUGAGCUACGCGCAGCAGUCCGCCAACCUGGGCGGCCCCAUCGCCCUGCUCAAGUCGCACUCCACCCGCGCCGCGCAGGAGAUCGCCGAGCAGGCGACCAACAUCUUCGGCGGUCGCGGCAUCACCCAGUCCGGCAUGGGCCGCGUCGUCGAGAUGUUCCACCGCGGCUACAAGUUUGAUGCCAUCCUUGGCGGCACGGAAGAAAUCUUGGCGGAUCUGGGUGUGCGCCAGGCCAUGAAGAAGUUCCCCAAGGCCAUGUUGUAAAUAGGACAUUUGUUUUUUAUUUUGGUUGCAUUGUUACUCUAAGCUGUUGUCUUCUAGCUGUGUA